CUCAGAGGCCGUGCACACAAACGGCCCAUUCACGCGUUGUGGGAACUGAGAAGUGCCGAGCUCCCGAGCCGCACGCACCCUCUAGUUCGCGAGUAAUCCACCGCCGCGCCGCCGCCGCCGACGCGCAGUUGCGCUCCUUGCCGGUUGCCGCUGCUGGUGUUCCCGUUCCGGAUCCGGCUGUCUUCUACUUCGAGGCUCCAGCGCUCGGCUCCGGCGUUCCAGAAGAGCCGCGGCAGCGACAAGAUCCGGCUCCCGUCCUCCCCAGUUCCAGCUCCGGUGUAGGCGGCACCAAGGCAACGGGCAGCUUGGGUCUGAAGCACGAGAUUGAGAAAGAUGGCCAUGUUCUCAUCGGCGCGCCUUGCCGUCCGCCGAGCUGCCUCUCUUGGGGCGGGCCUCUGCCGUGCCGCGGAGGAUCCCUUUUCGCGAAGGCUUCUCCAUGGGCAGCUCCUCCCACGUUCCUUUGCCUCCGAUGCAUUCGGACACAGCAGGCCUUUCCCACCUGUUGGGUCUGGAAUUGCAGAUUUGGAUCCACGUCAGAAUUUUAACCGUUUUAAUUUUGUGCGUCAAGAUACUCGUUCUAACGCACAAGUCAACUUCAACAACACAGAUAAUGGUGCGGCGAUGUCCAGGACAGCAACUGGAGAAAAACUUUCCAGCUCAAGGGAGGGCUUCCCUUUCAGCUCUUUGCGUGACUUUACUAAGGACCAUGAACAAUAUUCUAAGAAGAAGAGAGAUUUUGUCCAUGUCUUACUGAAGAAAAAAAAGACAUUUGUUACUGUGACAGACUCUGAUGGAAAUAAAAAGACAGGGGCCUCCGCUGGUUGUUUGGAGGACAGGAAAGGGCGAUCCCGACUCUCUCGGUAUGCUUCUGAAGCAGUCGGAGAGCAUGUCGGACGAUCCGCCAGGAAGAUGGGUUUAACCUCUGUUGUCUUGAAAGUGAAAGGGGCUGCUUUCUUCAGGAAGAAGAAGAAAGUGAUCUUGAGCUUCAGAGAAGGUUUCCGAGGCGAAAGAGUGAGAGAUCGAUCUCCUAUCAUGUACAUCCAUGAUGUGACCCAACUUCCACAUAAUGGAUGCCGACUCCGGAAGCAACGCCGGGUGUAGUUUCUGAGUGAACUGGAAUUAGAGUUGAGUUUAAGAAAGAAGUGGGAAGUAUGGAAGAUGAUACCAAAACCUUCUGUAAUCGGUUUGCUGUUGGCCUAGUUGACUUAAUAAUAUGAACAUGUAUUGUGUGACUUGAGCUGGUAGUGAUUUUGGGCAAAUCCACCCUGGUUUUUGUAUGACAUUAAUUUGCUCGCUCAAUGAGUUAUAGACAAUUCUGCAGUUUUGUACUGGCUUAAUAAUGCUGAUAAGUUGUGA